AUGCCGACCGACGUGCCACUGAACGAGGACGGAUUCGAGGAUCCGGACGAGUUCUUCAAGUCGCCGCAGAGCGAGCAUGCAGGCCGCGCGCUGCGGACGCCAGCCGCACGAGGAAAUGGUCGAGGUGGCCGUCGUGGCGAUGACGACUCGUCACCCUCUGGACCGGCAACGACCACACGUUCCCGCCGUGGACGCAUGAGCGAGCUGGAUGUCGACGACGAGGACGAGGAGUUUGAGGCCGACCUCUUGAUUGAUGACGACGAGGUAGACCCCAACAAGACUCCUCCACAGCCCUUCUUCCAGAGCUCUCCAAACCCACCCCCAAGCGUAACUCUCCCGCGCAGGUCGCAACUACCGCCCGCGUCCCCCAACGACGGGUUCGACUCGAUCCCCUCGCCGUCGGCGCGCGUGACCUCUGGGCAUCGGUCCCAGCGCCGCUCGACAAUAGGCGUCAACUACAACCCAGCCCCUGCCUCCCCGACCGCAGCCACGGCCACGCCCACUGCCCGCAAUGCCACCACCCGCCAGCACAGUAUGGGCGCGGGGGGCCACAUUGCCGAGCCGUCGGGUCUCAUGUCGCCCACGAGCAUCGAUGCGGGCAUGAGCUUUAUGCCGGAUAUCAGCGACGAGUUUGAUGCCCAGCUUGCGAGCACGCCCAAGGUCCCCAUGUCCAAGAGUGGCAAGGGCAAGGGCAACAAGGAUGGCAGGGGCAGGACCAAGACUGCUUCAAAGACCAACGGCCACGUGCCCGACGACGACGAUGAUGACGAUGUUGGCGAGACCACCCAUGUCGGCAACGAAGAAGAGGAGGAAGAAGAUGAUCAGCACCCGGCUACGUCUCAGCAGGUGCGACGAAACGGCGGAACCAAAAAGUACUCUGGCCCAGCACCUGUCGAGGAAGACAGCGACGACGCUGUUGCGCCCGACAGCUUCCAGACGGGCGGUACGGGCGACAUUGACGACGACGACGACGAUACCGGUGCCGACUUUGGGGAUAUGGGCGGGUACGACAACGACGAGGAUAUCGAUCCGGCGCCUCUUGCCAACGGACAUGGAGAUGCGGACGAUGACGACGACGUCGCAAUGGAGCAGGCUGCGGUGGAUGCUGAGGAGGGAGAAGAGGAAGUGGAGGAGCAGGAGGAGGAGGAGCCUGCUCCUCCACCUGUCAAGCGCGGCCGCGGUCGCCCACGAAAGAACAAGGAGGCCGAUACCAGCAAAAAGGCCGCGACCCAGUCACCCCCUACAGCUCGAGUCAAGCGAGGCCGAACACCCGCACAGGAGCCUCCGGUGGCCAAGCGUUCGCGUGUGUCUCAACUGCCUCCAGGCGACGAAGACUACAAGGGUGACUUUAAGACGCGUCGUUCUGGCCGCCAGCAUUUCCGCCCACUCGAGUGGUGGCGCAACGAGCGUUUCGAAUAUACCCGCGGCGAGCACUCGGCGGUCAUCAAGGAAGUGGUGCAUUUGCCCCGCGAUGAGAACGCGACCUUGUCCAAGCGUCCACGCCCUGGCAGGUCUUCCCGUGCUGCGAGCCAAGGUGCGCGGUCUAUCCGCAAGGCCAGCUCUGUGCCGCUCGACAACGACGAGGAAGGAUGGGACAACAACACGAACCCCAUCGCCGUGGUCAACGAGUUCCCAUCAGACCGCGAGGUCCAGCGCCGUAUCUGCUACCCUCGCGCAUUGCUGGAUCCCAAGCUGGUGAUGAACUCGGAGUUCAAGUACCAAAAAGUGUUUGGCGAGGGCAAGUUUAUCGCGUCUGGAGUGGUCUACAUUCCUGUUGGCGGCAGCAAACCAGGCAAGCCGUCUCGCGACAAUGCCUAUGUGUUCUACGUUAUUUCGGGGGCCGUCUCGGUCCAAGUGCACAAGACGACGUUUGUUGUGGCUACCGGUGGCCAGUUUCUGAUACCACGAGGCAACAUUUACAGUAUUGAAAAUGUGUCACCGCACAACGAGGCCAAGCUGUUUUUCGCGCAGGCGCGCAAGAUCCGGGCGAGCGAGGAGGAAGAGGACCUGCUUGAGAUGGCGCGUGCUGCGAAUGCGCGUGGCGAGGAGCUGGAGGCUGUGGCGGAGGAGGACGAGGAGGAAGAGGACGGUGGUGAGGAGGAAGCAGAGAGCGAGGAGGAGGAGGCGGCCCAGCAGCGUCCUGCUGUGCGUGCUCGCGCGGGCAAGGCCCCACUCGACACCCUCCUUGCCUCCAACCACCUCCCGCCCUCUACCUCCCACCUUCUUCAUCGCAUGCAAUCCCACACCACGCUCCCGCAUGCAUCUCCCACCUCCAGCUCGCGCAAGAUCCGUAUUACGAUCGUCGCGGCCGACUCGCUCAUCAAGCGCGACAUCCUCCGUCUCCCGGACCCGUUUGCGAUUGUCAUGGUCGACAGCGAGCAGAUGCACACCACCAGCGUCAUCAAGCGCACCCUCAACCCCUACUGGAAUGAAAACUUUGACAUCACUGUCAAGGACCAGAGCGUCCUGACCGUCCAGAUCUUUGACCAGCGCAAGUUUAAGAGGAAGCAGGACCAGGGCUUCCUCGGCGUGAUCAACAUCAAGGUGUCGGAUGUGCUCGACCUCGAGCUUGGUGGACAGGAGAUGCUCACGCGUGACCUCAAGAAGGGCAGUGAUGGCAGCGUUGCUGUCAACGGCAAGCUUAUCAUCUACCUCUCCACCCAGACCAACACCCCGAUCAGCAACCCCGUCCCUUCCGGCAGCAACAACGCCAUGCUUGCCCCCGCGGCCAACGACUCGGGUGUCUCGGUCAACAACACUGCUCAGGCUAACAACGGCGCCGGCGCCGCCGACACCCCCGAGCAGAGCCCCGCGCUCCAGAGCAACCGUGACUCACAGCCAUUCGCAUCACCGCCGGCACAGCAGCCAUCCGUGUCCCCAUCGGUACCUUCGCAACCCCCUCCUGCUGGCGGCCCGAACAACGCGCCGAUGACAGCCUUGGCCACUGCCCAGUCGGGCCAGAACAACAAUGUCACUGCGGCCGGUCACAACUUUGACUCGCACUCGGACCAGCUGGGACCCCUGCCGAACGGCUGGGAGCGCCGCAUCGACCACCUCGGCCGUCAGUACUAUGUCGACCACAACACGCGCACCACGACUUGGAACCGCCCAAGCACUGAUGCCUCGUCCAACGCCAACAACCAGGCCAACUCGACCGGCGAAGCCCGCGCGCGCCACAACCAGCGUACCCUGGCCGACGACAUGCUCGACGCCCAGACUGGCUCGCACACUCCCACCAACCAGGCGUCGUCCAUCCCUGUCAACCAGGCCACCACUGUCGGUUCGGGUCCCCUCCCAGCUGGCUGGGAGCAGCGCUUCACGCCCGAGGGGCGCCCUUACUUUGUGGACCACAACACGCGUACCACCACUUGGGUUGACCCCCGUCGCCAGCAGCUCCUGCGCGUCAUUGCGCCCGACCAGCCUGGUAUGACUGUCCGCCCCCAGACUGUCAGCCAGCUGGGUCCCCUCCCCUCGGGCUGGGAGAUGCGUCUGACUUCGACUGCGCGCGUCUACUUUGUCGACCACAACACCAAGACGACCACUUGGGACGACCCGCGUCUUCCUUCGUCGCUCGACCAGAAUGUGCCCCAGUACAAGCGCGACUUCCGUCGCAAGCUCAUCUACUUCCGUUCGCAGCCUGCGCUCCGCUCCAACACUGGCCAGUGCCACAUCAAGGUGUCGCGUGACAACAUUUUCGAGGGCUCGUACACGGAGAUUAUGCGCCAGUCGCCCACCGACCUCAAGAAGCGUCUCAUGGUCAAGUUUGAGGGUGAAGACGGUCUCGACUAUGGAGGUCUUUCUCGCGAGUUCUUCUUCUUGCUCUCGCACGAAAUGUUCAACCCCUUCUACUGUCUCUUUGAGUACUCUGCCCACGACAACUACACUCUGCAGAUCAACCCCAACUCGGGCGUCAACCCCGAGCACCUGAACUACUUCAAGUUUAUCGGCCGUGUUGUCGGCCUGGGAAUCUUCCACCGUCGUUUCCUCGACGCGUACUUCAUCUCGUCCUUCUACAAGAUGAUCCUCAAGAAGAAGAUUUCGCUUCCCGACCUCGAGUCGGUCGACGCCGGUCUCCACCGCGGUCUCACUUGGAUGCUCGAGAAUGACAUCACCGACAUUAUCGAGGACACAUUCUCCAUCACCGAGGAGCACUUUGGCGAAGUCGUCACCGUCGACUUGAAGGACGGCGGCCGCGACGUCGAGGUCACCGAGUUGAACAAGAAAGACUAUGUCGACCUCGUCACCGAGUACCGUAUCGAGCGUCGUGUCUCGGAGCAGUUUGAGGCCUUCAUGUCGGGCUUCAACGAGCUCAUCCCCCAGGAGCUCAUUAGCGUCUUUGACGAGCGCGAGCUUGAGCUCCUCAUUGGAGGCAUGUCCGAGAUUGAUGUGGACGACUGGCAAAAGCACACCGACUACCGUGGCUACAACCCGUCGGACGAAGUCGUCGAGUGGUUCUGGAAGAUUGUCCGCUCGUGGCCCGCAGAGCGCAAGGCCCGUCUCCUCCAGUUCACCACUGGUACCUCGCGUAUCCCCGUCAACGGCUUCAAGGACCUGCAGGGCUCUGACGGUCCCCGUCGCUUCACCAUUGAAAAGGCCGGCGAGAUCACCCAGCUGCCAAAGUCGCACACAUGCUUCAACCGCAUCGACCUUCCGGCGUACAAGUCGUAUGACACUCUUGAGCAAAAGCUCACCCUGGCCGUCGACGAGGGUGGUGGCUUCGGUGUCGAGUAG